AUGCGUUUCCAGUCCCCUAUGCCACUGGGCAGUCUCCAGGGCCAACCCAUGACAAUGGGAACUCCCGGUUCGACGGGCCAUCCACCCUUCUUUUCUCCUGCUGGCCUGGGUGCCAACACUCUUAACCGUCCCCUCAUGAAUCCGGCUGGUCUCAAUCCACAUCCAUUUGAUCGGGUGAAACAACUCGGAGCUGUUGGCCUUCCUCGGCAGAUGCCCCAGAAACCACUGGACGAAGUCACCUGUUUCAAGUGCGGUGAUAAGGGUCAUUACGCGAACCGCUGCAAUAAGGGCUACUUGGCUUUCCUCAGUAAGGGUUCGAAUCAAGUGGGCGUCGGCGCCCCUGUAUCAUAG